AAUCUUGAAGGAAAGAUGUAAGAAAACAAAGGAAAUACAAACCUUGUUGUUUCCGAACAUUGUUUCAUAUAUGAAUGGGAUGGGCUUAGCUUAAACAUCAUUGGUCUUUGUGUUUUGUUGGCUACAAAAUCAAAAUUAAAGAGUUUUAUCUGGUGAGCAUGGAGGGUUAUUCAUCAGAUGGGUCCAGUUCAUUUUUCACUUUAAAGAAACCAGUUGAUGGUCAAUGGAUGGAGCUGGUUGGUUUCGUGGAGGACAAAACUGAGAUCUCUGCUGUAAAUGGUGGACUCACUCAGUCUUUAACAGAUCAAGACCAGUUGAAUCAAGUAGGAACAUCCGAAGGUUCAUACCGAACGAAAUCUGAAGGGGGAAGACCUAAACUUAGUUUAGCUCAGAAAAGAGAAAACAAAAGACUAAGUGAUUACAGGUAUAGGCAAAAGCGCAAGAUAACAGCAGAUGAACUGUCAGCGGAGAACAAGCAUUUGACAGAGGAAAAUGAAGGGUUGAUUGCUGAGAAUAGACUGUUAAAAUCAAAACUGGAAUUGCUGCUCUCCUAUGGUGAUUCUAAAGCUGAAGCAGAACCUAGUUCAGGUUCAGGCAAGCCAAUGGAGCAAAAGGCUAAACAAGAUUACAGCAAUUUAGGAGCAAGAAGAGCUCAAGCCACUGAUGGUCACAGGGCUAUGAGAGAACAAAUAAGUGAAAGUACCAAAAUUCUUAAGGAUCUGAUCCCUGCUUGCAAUAAGGUUCAGGGGGCGCUUUUGCUUGAUGAGAUUUUUAGUUACAUUCAAUCACUGCAACGUGAGAUCGAGGUGUGGAUCCUUCUGUCAGUAUUGUCUCCGGGUCAAACUGGGAUUUUGUCUUCCGACUCUGUUGAGAGCUCGAGCUUGAGGCGGGGUAUGCAAAGUAGGAGUGCCACAUUAGACCGGGCCGUGCCUAAUGCACGGGCCACCUACUGA